AUGCCCUCGCAAGAAGCAAUAUGCGUUACAGAAGAAGAAAAAGUUUAUUUACUUUUAUUUCUAGUUCCAACCUUUACAUGGACAAAGCAAGCAACAAAGUUAUUCUUGGAAGCAUAUUUUGAAAAAAAAGAACAGUUUCGUGAUCCCAAAAUACGGAAGAAAAGUUUAUGGAUCCAAAUGUGCAAUACAAUGUUAGAACAAGGUUAUAAUGUGAACGAAGAUAUAUUAGAUAGAAAAAUGCGUAACAUGAAAAAGACAUAUCGUACAAUAAAGGAUAAUAAUAAGAAAAGCAGCACUGGAAGAGGUCGCGUGACUUGGGAUUAUUUUGAUACCUUUGAAGAUAUAUUCAGAAACGAUGCAACUAUUAAUCAUGGACCAACAUUAUCUUCAAUGGUUAAUCCAAUUCCAUCCACAACAACAGAUAAAAAUGUAAUAUCCUCGAUAUUAAUAGAUGAAAAUUCAAUGCCAUCGACAUCAACAAAUAAAAGUUCAAUAUCAUCCGUAGUAGAAGGUGAACAAACCAAGCCUUCUGGAAGUAAUGACAAGCCAAUGAGUCUAAUGCAAGAUCAAAUGAUAUCCACUGCAGUAUCAUCGUCAGAGUCAAUAUCAUCACCAUGUUCCGAUAAAGAAAAUAAAAGAAGUAGGAUGAAGAUGUUAUCGUCUUUACGAAAAAAACAACUGGACAUAGAAAGUAAUAGAAUACAAGAAAUAAAGAAGCUACAAGAUGCAAUAAUGCAUAGUAAUACUAUACAAGAAGAAAAUAACAAUAUACUUAAAGAACGAAAUGCAUUAUUAAAAGAUAUACUGUUGGAAAUGAGACAUAAAAAGUAA